AGUAUAGUAAGUGAGUACGAAUUUUUACUUUUACGUUUGUUUUUGCUCUCUUUGAACAAAGAAAUAAGAAUCAUAUUCGUAUAAUCUCGUACUAUUUUAUAACUAAACCUUUAUGUCAUAAUUUGAUGCCAAUUUGAGUUACAGCUUGCUUCCUUCCCCAUUUAAAAAAGGACAAGAGUUAGUGAGUUCGGGUAAGUGCUGCACUGUCGGAAAUAGGUGAUUUGCGCUAAUUAAUUUUUACUGACUCAUAAAGUCAAUGUACCAGCAGUGCCAAUACUAUGCUCAUUGUCAUGAUUGCCAUCCCACGACAGUGUCUACUGUAUACUAUAAAUUACUAUCGAUGCCCAUUGGCCAUAUAAUAACUACUUGAAGCAAUCUGCCCUUGGCCUGGCUUUGACUUUGGCUCCCAAAAUAUUGUAAAUGGGGGUGGGCUGGGGGUUGGUGUGACAUUCAUUAUUUCAACAGUGACAACAGCAAGACUCAUAUUUAAAAUAUUUCAAAGUUAUUUCCCGAUGAAAUUUGGAUGGUAGACCUUUUCCUUCAGGUCUCAAAAAAAGCACUUUUACUUUAUAUUAUAUUAUUAUAUUUUAAUUUAUAGCUAACUUUGUCAAAGUCAAAGGGAUCGAUAGCAAGAGAAAGGAGGCUAAUGCUGGCUUAUUAAUUAUCACGAGUCUCAAUCUCAUUGUGUGUAAAUUUAUUUAUGUCACUGGCAGACAAAUAUUUUACAUAAAUGAUGACAAAUUUAAUUUAAUAAUUAGAAAAUUGUAAAUUGUGACCAAAAAUUAAAAAAACCGAGAUCACAGCAGAGCCAGUUGUUAUAUAAUAUUGCCACAAAAUUUUUUACAUUUGCAUCAUUUUUUCUUUGUCUAGAACUGUUAACUGUGCACUAACAAGUAUCCAAAUACCUACUAUGUCCAUAUUUAAUAAUUAGUGAUGGGACGAUACCAAAAAUUUUAACGAUUCCGAUACAAUUCCGAUUCUACCCAAUUAUCCCGAUUCCCGAUACCAUUCCGAUUCCUGGCCAUUAUUACAUAUAUGUAUUACUGUGCCCAGUUAUUAACAUAUUUAAUUAAUAUGAAAGUUGAGAAUUGAUUAGAAAAGUUUAUUAACUUGCUAUUGAAGCUUUACAAUAUGCUAGAUAGCAAUGUCUUGGAAAGGUUUUAUAUAAAAACAUCUAUCAAUAAUUCUAUUUUAAUAAUACAAAGAUGUAGCUAGUGUCUUUUGAUACAAAUUUCAAAAUGUGUAUAUAAAAACUGUAUAUUAAAUAUACAUAUGAAAUUAUUAUUCAUGUGCAUACAAAAUAGGAAAAAGUUUACCUUCACAAAAUAACAUUUUACAUAAUUUUUUUAAGAAAAGGUAUGAUUAUUAUAAUUACUGUUUAAUUCCAAACAACAACAAAAUAUAUUAAUUAUAAUUACUACAUUGUAGUAUUGAGUUCACCGGCUUACGGCAGUUAAUCAGUUAAGAAUCGUUUUGGUAUUAGAAUCAGGUCUGAAUUAUUCAGCUCCGAUACUGAUUCCCGAUGCUUUGGAAAAAUCCAGAUAUUUCGAUUAUUCCGAUACGAUUCCGAUUAAUCUCCCCAUUCCGAUUAAUCGUCCCAUCACUAUUAAUAAUAUUAACAGGCCCAUACUACAUAGAGACAUUUUUUCCUGGAAAGUAAGGGCAUGUGCAUUCAUGUUCAAGGGCAUGUGAAUGUGCAUUCAUGUUCUUGAACGUUGUCUAAAUGUAGGCUUAUUUUUUUUUUUAAACUUGUCAAUUCAAUACAAAAUACGGUUAAUUUUAGGUUAGCGGUAAGGCGGCAAUGUGUUCCAUGGUGUACAGGACACAGAGCUUCCCCCAGUUAAACUUCCGUCUUCAGCACCGUAUUUUAAAGAUUUCAAUAUUUAUGUUUUUGUUCACUUAAUGCAAGUUUUUGUUUUCUUAUUUUAUACUCUUGAAAUUAGGAGGUAGGGGUUCUGGAGAGGGGUCACCCCUGCCUAGAAGAUUUCUUUGUUUCUUAUUUUGGUAUUUAAAAUAAGGUUGGGAGGGAGUUUGGAGAGGGAUCUCCAACCCCAGUCCCCAGAAAAUCAUUUUGCACCCUGAAAAAUAUGAUAUUUAUAAUUAAUAUCAUGUACUCUACUGGGUUUUUUAACCUGAAAUGAAAAUAUAAAUCCAUUAAGAAACACAAUUUAUCAAAAUCAAAUAACUCCUAAGAUAUUGCGCUAACACCCAUUUCCAAUACAGUUUAAGCAGUAGUCUCCCUUUUGUUACCUAACUUUUAAAAUACAGGUACUUGGAUUUAAAAUAAUAAAAGAUAGCACAUUUAGCGUGUUCUUUUUUUUGCCAUCGGUGUUAGGUCUUAAAACUUGUAUCAAAUAAAGAAAAAAUCAAAAUCAAUUGAAUACAAAACUAUGGCUGGUAAUUGUCCUAGGGAACCUCCAUGACUUAUAUACAGUGGAAGACAUAGCUGGUUUACCGCUAACCCAAUCCUAGCUUGUCUAUGUUAGUAUGUAGUCUAUGAAUUCACAAUGGCAUGUUUGUAGAGGCUGUAACUGUAGGCAUAUAGGGCCUAUGGGGGAUAAAAAUAGUAUGGGUAUUGUAGACAUGUUCUUGGACCAUACAGCCAAAGUCAUAAGGCUUAUUAUUAAUAACGUUGUAGAAAUAUGACUUUAAAUAAUUCACAUAUGCAGGCCUACUUGUACUAGCUAUGAACUUAUAUAAUUUUACAUUUAUAUAUUUGUCACAGCACAAAGGAAAAUCGAAUGUUUUCCACAAGUGAUGUUUGUAGGAAAGAGAUUUAAUGAACCAAUGGGAAUUGUUUAGGGCACAAUUAAUUGCAAGAACUGCUGAAGUAUAACCACAUAAUAGAACAGUGAUGUGUACAAAUGAAAACUAUACAAGGGUAACAGAAUAAUACAAAAUAUACUAAUGACUAGAGUGCAAACUAUACCAGAUGUUUAAUUUCUUUUUUUUGUGUUGUGAUAAUGCUCAAAGAAUGUUUGGAUAUUGCUCUUUUAGAAUUCAAACAUGGCAGAUUCCCAAAUACAAGAGCCCAAUGAAACACAGUUAGAGACUCAAGCAGAGCAAGUGCAAAGUAUUGAAGAAUGUGAAUCUCAGGCAAUAAAACUCGAAGAGGUAGCUGGUGAUGAAAUUGCAGGAGCAGCAGAUGAGGCUGAUAAAGAUCCAUCUGAGGAUGUAGGGGAGAUAAAACCAAAGGAAGAAAUUGACAGAAAAAAUGAUUUAGAUGAAGACGGUGACGAGGAAGAAGAUGAUGAGGAAGACAACAUAAAUAUAGAUAAAAGUUCAGAUCCAAAUGUGAUGCCUCAAGUCAAUAUCUCACUUCUUGCUAGUAAGCUUUAUAAAAUAUUCAUAGUAAAUGGGUUCGUUUAUAUAUCACUGUUCACUCCCCCAGGACAUUUACUUCAUUUACAUUUUUAAAUAGCUUUUAUGGUUGGGAAACCCUACAACUCAUUUACUAAUCACAUGAACAACUACAUAUAUGCCUGCAGAGAAAAGUCUAAAGGGUUUCAUUUUCAAUUUGCCUUUUUAAAAUAUAUAAUAUAGAUUUAUAUAAAUUUACACAAAUUAAAUACAUUGUCCACAAUAUUUUGUCAAUAAAUAUUUGCAUUAAAUCAACCAUAGCUAUUCACACACCCCAAUCUAAUUAGAUAUUUAGAUCUAUAUCUCUGAAAUUUAAUUUGAAAUCUGUUUACGAUAUGAGAAAUAAUCAUUUUCAUAUCGUUAAAUAUACUGCCUUAUCGCCCAAAUCAGUAUGCACACUUCACUAGGUUCCAAGUCCAAGGGAGAACACCAAUCAAGAGAUUUACAGAUGAGAAAUAAUUUACAGCUAUCGUAUCCCUUUUGUAUGAAGCAUAAAUAGUUAUGGGAAAAUCAAUUGACUGCCUACUUACAAUUUUACUAAUUGUCAUUGUUUCUCAAAAUUUUAUCAACAGAGCGUAGAUGGCAAGUUAAAUUUUAUCCAUUGAAGCCAGAAGAUUUUAUGAGUGGACAGAUCACUAGAGUUUUUAAAUGUGCUAGGGAGAGCUUGCUUUACAUUCUUGCCCAGAAUAAAUAUUCAAGAGGGUAUGUAGAACUCAGAUGUGUGUGUCUACAUGUUACUUAAAAUUUGGAUAUAUUGUAGAAAAAAAACAGAAAUUGUCAAGACAUUUGCCUUUGCCAAUACAAUUAUCCAUGCAAAUAUUUGAAAAUUAAUGUUUUAAGAUUUUCAAUUAACUUUUUGUAUAUAGAUGUUCAGCCUUACACAUUGACACAAACUUCCUCAAUGUAUGCAUGUGUCGUGACUUAUAAAAAUAUUAAUAAAUUUUCAAUAUGUUAACAAAUUGCAUAAUAUCUGCAAAGUAUGUGCACAUACUGCUAAUUCUGUAAGAAAUCUAGACAAUUCCUUUUGUCUAUAUAGGUUUAAGUUAAAAGUAUUAGCAAUAAAAAUAAUAACUAAUAGAUUAAGUAGGCAAUAGAGACUCCAAUAAUUCAGGCUUUUUUGUUUGUUUUUGUAUGCAGAGUUUUAGCCAGCCCCAUAUUUCAACAUUCUGGCACAGGAUAGAAAAAUCAUGAAUUGAAUAAUGUGUAGCUUUGAAUUUGGAACAAAUAGAACUCAGUUAGUACUUGGAUUCAGCAAAUAGAAGUCCAAACUAUUCAAAUUCAUUACCAGUUUUUACUUCUUAGUAUUGUAAAAUUUGUGACAAUCCAAUUUUUAAAAAAUUUCUGAGGCUUUUUGAAAUAAAGCAUAUAUUCCAAAGUAAAAUAUGAAUGCUUUAAAUUUGUUCAUCAUUAUUUAAGUAAGUGUCACUAAUGGUUUUUCUUUUUUAAAUUGCUCAAAAUAGAAAAGGUGAAAUGUUUGCCUCUUCACCAAAGAUGGCUAUCAGAAUAGUUCAUAAUCUUAUGAAGUUAGACUUUCAAUACCCAGAGAUUAAUAUUGAGAUUAUCAAAAAGAAUGAUGAAGGGGCUGUGGAACAGAAAGGUAAUAAAUAAUAACAUUGAUGACUAAUGAUUGUGUAUUAAGUAGCAGCCUGAGCUCUUUUUGUAAUAUCUACAUUAUUUGAUUUAAAAAUAAAUUUUAAAGAUUAACCCGCUAGUAAUCAUGUCUGUGAAAAUUUUAUCCUGUGUUUGUUUCUUUUGGUAAUGAUUGGUGAAUCUUUAAGAUUUAGUUUAACAAUUAAUUUCAUUCUCAUUUUCAGCCAAUUUAUUAAUUUUUUUUCUUUUUUCCAGCCCUUUUAAGAUAUGAUCCAAAGCUUGUUAGAAUGUUGUGCAUUCCUCCAUUACCUCCCAGGCAUGGUAAGAAUUAAUCUUCUGUCUAAAGAAAACUGUAUUGUCUAAAGCAAUGUUUUUCUUAAAAAAUAAAUAAGUUUUGUUGUUUCAAAGGCUAACCUUUGAGCUAGUAUAAACUUUUCUCUCACUGCAGGUAAAAAACUCAGGAGUAGGAUAAUUGGCUCAGUUUUUGUAAAAAAUCUACCGAAUGACACCUCCAAAGAAAUGCUCAGAGUUUUGUUUCCCUUUGCAGCAGAGAUUAACUAUACUCCUGAUAAAUUCAAAGAUUGGUAAAUUAAUAUUUUUAUAAAAGCAUAUUAUAUUUAGUUAUGUUAUUUAAUUUAAAUUUUAAAAAAAAAAUCUUUUUCAUAUUAGCAUGGCCUUAAAGUUCAUUAGGUUAUACUCAAUGGAAUACAAUAUGUCUGAACUAAUCUGUAGAUAAAAAUGUCAGUGUCAGUUUUAAAAUUUGAACUCAAUAUAUUUUAGUACUGCUCGCCUUGUCCUUGAGAAUAGAAUCAGUGUCUUGCCUUGCUUAAAAGCAUUUGCCAAAGUUGAACUUGGGGGAAAUAUCUUGGAAUUUCAUCCUUUGGAAAGUAAGUAAAUAUAUACCAUGUAAAUUCCAAUGGUCUUAACAAUCACUGAGCAGCAUUUAUUACAUUGCAUAUCACAGACUCUACUUAGCAAAAUAAUUAUUGCGUAUUAAAAGUGAAAAAGUGAGCAUAAGUGUAUAUAAUUUAAAAUAAAUAAUUGAAAAGGUUUAUUUAACUGUGAUCUUGAUACAGAUUGCUGAAUUAUUCUCUAACUCCCACAGACCUUUUUUAAAAGUUAAAGAGUUUUUUAUUUUUUUCAAAUCAGAGCGCAGAGAACAACUGAGUGAAAGUAAGACUACAAAUAUACCUAAAGAACAAGUUGUUGGUGUUAAAGUGGAGAAUGAAGGGGAUAAAAGCAAAGAAGCUGAUUCCAAAGACUCAAGUGAACCCAAUACAACAGUAGAGAGUAAAGAGACUAAAGCAGCUGAAAGUAAAUCUCCACAGAAAGGACCAUUGUCUCAAAAAGAGAUCCCUAAGAAGACACCAACGACCAGUAAAAACGCUGGCCCACCAAGGGUACUUCAUAUUAUUUUUUUAAUGUUUUUUGGGUUUAUGUGAAAUUAAUACCAUGAGGUUGGUUGUUUUAUAAAUAAUUUAGAUUAUAGACUUCCAAUUUUAAAGGAAAUAAUUUUUUCAAAUCUAUAAUGAGAUUUAAAAACUUUGACAAAUACAAUGUACAAAACCCAACCCAGACUUUAGAGAAACAGCUUAUGUUAUUGAAUUAGAAUAAAAUUAAAUCGGAUGAAUAAUUUAGUUAAAUAAUGUAUUAGAUACAUGAUUAAUCUUCAAACUACAGAUUGAGUCAUAAAAUAUUCAUGAAGCUUUUUAGUUACACUUUAUAAAAAUGUGUUUCUUGUUUUUUAACAAAUAGGAGUACAGGAGGGAAUUCAGGAGCCGGGGUCGUGGUACCUGGAUUUCACGAGGGAGAGAUCAGGUACAUUUUUCUUUGCAAGGAAUUGUUUUAUCCAAAUUACAGUCAGGAAAAUGUUACCAAGGUUUUAUUUAUUUUAAAAUAACCAUAUUUUACGAGACUUAUGUUAGGCUAAAGAAAUUUUAAUAAUAUUGGCCUAUGUUAAAAGAAGUCAAUUUAUCUGCCUACUGUGAUAACCUAUAACUUUUACCUCAGUUUUGGAAUACCUUACGUACAAUUUUUUCAUAAAGAAAGUCUAUUUUAGUCAAAGGGAUGUCUUAAAUCAAAAAGACCAGUUUAGAAACUGAAAGGUAUUAAGGGACUGUAGCUAAUGUUCCCUGUAUAACUUUUGAGCAAAGAAGCUAAAUGAAAGUUAAAUAUUUGUGUGUGUCUAGUGUGAUGCUUGAGAACUGUACAAAGUUAUAAAUUACAAUAACAGAAGACAUAUUUAAUAGCUAAUUUUAUAUACAGAGUCAUGGAGCGUUUUUUUUUUUUUUUUCUUUUCAGCUGUUGAAUUGCAAAUUUGUUCAUGGUUAUGUCAAUUUCCUCUUUUAUAUUGGUUAGUUACUUUAAAGUUUUGGAGAUUUUUCUAGGUCCACAUCCUGGAACAUAGUGUGCUGUGAAAAGAUGGAUACUUUUGUGGCAUCAGACAAUAGCCCUGCUUUCUUUCAUGGCACUACAUGAGUUGUUUACCAUGAGAGGUGAAAAGGCAGGUGCUUAUUGGUACUGACAGAUGUACAUAUAUUACAGGGUCCAAUCAAUUCUUACCAGGAAAAGAAAAAAGUUGGUGGUCCGCCAGGAAAACCAGUGCUGAGAAAGCCAGAAGUAGCUUCACGUGCUCGAGCCAACAGACCAGAUAUCCGGAAAGGUCCCCUUGGUUGGGACAGUGCUGGCAACAGAAGCCCAAUCAGGCAGAAUCAAAACAGGGGUAAUCGAGGUGGCUCGGGCAAUCGUAACAACAGAAAUAACUCAGUUUGGAACUCAAGAGCUUCCGGAGGAAGAAACCGUUUCAGCUCUGGUGGUGGCUAUGCUACCGGUGGUAGAGCAGAUAGAAGAUUUGAACAACAAAGUUUUGGUGGAGGUAUGGCAGGAGCUUCGGGUUAGUAUAUCUUAAAAACUCACUUUGUUUACCUUGCUCUGUGUGUCUUGAUGUCAGACUCAAUGUCCCAUGUCGUGGGAUGGAUCUCUCAAUACCACAGAGCUGCCUGCCCACCUGAUUUGAUAAUGAGCUUGGGAUAUUUUAGCUUAUCCCGCUCACUUCACUUUUUUUUAUAUCUGCUCAUGUUUGCUACAGCACUGGGUAGCUGUUUAGUAUCAUUUUAAUGAUAAGUCUCAACAUACAGCAUUCUGUAAAACUUAAAAUUUAACGUGCGUAAUGUGAUGCACUAUAUCCUCAUUAUGGUGUCAUUGUGGUCUGAGAUAAGGAUGCUUUUUCAUUCUCUGGUGAGUGAAAAUGUCAUAUCAAUAUAUUGUACAUAUUGAUAAGUAUGCAACAUGGACUCACAAUGGAAACUGUUGUUUAAUGGUUUUUUCUAGUUUCCCUUUGCUGUGCAUGGAUAUAUUAACCCUUUACCAUAAGGUAAUCACAUUUUGUACAGCAGCAUGGUCAAGAAAGAAGGCUUAGGCUACGGUUCCACUGGUUCCGUAUUUCAUGGCAUCCAAGACUGACAUUCUAGAUCGAUAACUGUGUAGAGAAAUUUGUCUGACAUUGUGUUUACAUUGCAACCGAUUACAGAAUCUUUAUUGCUUAUUUAUUUAUUUAUUUAGGCAUUUUUUAUAUAGCGCUUACCUUAAAGCUCUAAGCGCUUUACAAUUAUUAAAAACAUGUAAACUAAGUAAAAUAAAAAUGAGACACUAGGAUAGUAACUACUAUACUAUAGAAACAAUUAAAAUGGCUAUAAAACGAGGACACUUUGGCACGUUUUGGCCUAUACUACAGGAACAGAAAAUGAGGCAGGGCGAGGAGGGUGCAUCACAGGUCAUAGGCGGACCUAAACAGAUGGGUUUUAAGGGACUUUUUAAAAGUGGACGAGGUUUCACAAUGACGGAUAUGGAAGGGGAGCUGGUUCCAGAACGUGGGCCCAUAGAAGUAGGAGCGUUCACCGAUGGUCUUAGUUUUGGUUCUUGUACUGUAAUGUUAUUUAUCAAACUGAUUUAUUGAUACAUGCUAAACACAUUAACUUUGUAAUAGUAAUAUUUUUCUUUUACAAAUUUUAGCUGUAAUUACAAUGUUGAAUAAAUUUGAAAGCCUAUGAUGAAAUUCUGGAAUUAACAAUAAAAUCAAAUGCGCCAUUAUUUUAGCUGUAAAUUAAACAAAUUAACUGUUAAAUGGCCACCAGUUAUUUCUCCUAUAAAUUAAAAUCAUAAAUUGUAGCUGUAGCUUCAAUGAAAUUCUGGAUUGAACACUGCUAUCGAGUGGCCAUUUUGAACCUUAACAAUUGGAGGGAAAUAAAAAAAUAUUUUCAUAACGUGCGGCACUCUGUAGGCACUCGUUGGUACAGGCCUGUGAAGCAACGACUGUCACAGAUGUUGUCAGAGACCAUGUUCACUUUGUUACUGCAUUUGUUUUUCUACAGAAUUCGGUCUCGUACGUCAGUCUUGGAUUACAAGGAAAUAAGGACCCAGUUAAACUUAAACAAAAUUUAGCAAUUUGAUGAACUGACCUGUUCCAUUUUAAACCAAUCAAAUGUUCAAUUAUUUGGUACAUUUUCUAAAAAUGACAAUUUAAAAAAUAUGUUUUGCCUCUUUUGAGGAAAUAUAAUGCAAUGAAGCAUUUUUAACUUGGGAAAACUGUGCUAAAAGUUUGCAGAAUAUCAGGAGAGAUAAAAGUGUUUGUGAUUGUUAAUAACUUGUAAUAAUAACCACAACAGUGAGCGGUUGAAUCUUCUGAAUGUAGAUAAAUUUCAGCCACUGCCUGCCUACUCACAUAUAGCAAUCUCUCGUUGCUUUUUUUGUGUUUGGUUGUGAUCAAUGGGAGAUUUUCUGCUGUACCCAAUUGUGAAUCCAACAGGAAUGGGUUAAGGUUAUGUUGUGUCUUAGGCUCAUGAUCAUUUCAGCAGCAUUCCACCAUCCUUUGAUUAUACUUGGAAUGGGAUCUGCAUUUCCAGAAACCUGGAUAAUCAUUGUUAGAUCAUUCAGGAUUAUGAAGGAGGCUAUAAUUUUGGACUAGCACUGUAUAUUGUGUAACAUGCUGAGACUGAAAGUGAAAUAGGAGCUUGAACAAAACUUCAAAAUCAGUUAUUCUUAGGGAAAUUCAUUUCACUCUCUCUUAUCUUGCCUAAAUAAUAUUUUAUAAAAACACUAUUGCUAUCUGAUUCCUUUGACCUUUAUUUACCAAAUGUGAUUAUGUUAGGUGAGGAAGUCUAAGUCAGACUGGAUUGCCAACACUUGAACAAUUGUUGAAACAAAUUAGGAAUAUUCUCUAUUUUAGCUACAUUAAUGUUAUCAAUUUUAGCUUAUUUGUAAAAGAUAUGUGGAAAAAGACUAAGUUUAUUAGAGAAGUAUGAAAAGGUAAGUCCAAUAGACAUUGAACUUUGUUAUUUUGACUUUAAAUAAUAUGUAAAUUGUUGUGUUGUUGUUUUUUUUAUUUAAAGCAUCCCUUUGGUUUUUUUUAAGGUUUGGAAUUAUACUUUAAUAGAAUAACUCGGUAAUAUGUUAAUCUGCAGAAAAGUUAAAAGGUCUGAUCUAAUUUAAUAUGUUUUCCACUAAGAAAAUAUUUCCCACUAGGUGUUUAGAUGUCUAACAUGUAAGUUGUUUAAAAAAAAUCUCUAAACCCUUUUGUUCAAAUUUAUAAUAAUUAUGAAACCUAUUUCUGUAUUAAUUGCUUGACACCCCCACCCCCUCCUCUCUCUCUCUCUCUCUCUGCAACUGUUACUUGUUCUCAGCUCUCAGCUCCUUUUUUUCAGGUGAUAUGGGCAUAAAUGUAGAAGCCACUAAAGAGAUGAUGCUGUUACAGAGCCAAUUGAGUAUGGCCAUUAAGAACCAGAUAGCUAUGUUGAACCAAACUCAGAUUGCAGUUGAGCAGGCCAAGCGGGGAGCUGGGAUGGGACUGACAACAACUGACUUGACCCAAGCCAGUUCUUCAGGUCAGAUAUUUUUAUAAGCAUUGCUUAAGAAGCAGUAUAUAUAUAAUAUGUUAGGGUAAUUUCUAUUUUGUAAUCAUAGAAGCUGAUUGUAUUGUCCCUUUAAGAUAAAGACUUAAAAGACAUUUUUAGUUAUUUUGUAUCACCUAUUACUGUUUUAGGUGAAGGAUCUCGUGCUUUUGGUGCAGGAGCAAAACGAAGGACCAAUCAAUCAGGAUUCGGCUCAGAUUAUGGCGAUGACAGUUUCGGGGGGAAAAGACAAAACCUGGGCCUUGGAUCUCAACAACGUAGUUGGGCAGAAGAGAGCCCUGCUGACUACUACGGCAUGCAACAAUCACAACCGAGCCUGGAUUAUGGAGUAGACAGACAGACGGAAGACACAACUCCUGCAUAUGGCAACAGCUACACUUCGAGGUAAAGCUUUGGUAAUGGAAGUAAGGGGUUAAAUAGAAGGGACCUUGUUUAAAAAGAUACAAGAUUUUUGUUGACACAAAAAUUAAUUAAGACAUUCUGUUCUUCAUUGGAACCAUUACUGUGUUAAAUUAUACAUGAAGUUCUAUAUAUUAUCUAAGUGGGUAUUUUGAAGCACUGAAAUAAGUUUUGUGUAAAUUUAAACUUGGAAAUGUGAAAACUUACAGUAAUGUAGUUAUAAAGGAUGUAAAGAGAUAAAGAGUAAAGAGCAUAACUUGAUGUUUAUUUUAACUUCUUUUUAUGUCUCUGUUGCAAAAGGCAUAAGGAUUGGUGAAAAGAUCAUUGUGGUAUUUUUCCUUUCAUUACCUAUUAUUAUUACCCACUAAAGUGUAUCAAAAAAUGACAAUUGGAGUUAAGUGGAAAAACAACUGAAAUCUUGGUUUAGAACUUGAAUAUAAUUAUUUUAUUGUUAUUAAAAAUUGUCCUAAUAAUAAAUGUAAUGUUACUCUAAAUAAAUGUUGUUUUUUUCCUCAGAAACUUAAGUCAAUCCAAUGCUGGUUAUGAUCAAAGCUCCUAUCGCUAUCACUAUUAGAGGACAGACUGGACCAUUCAGUUGCAUUAUUUUUUUUUAAAAAUUUUCUCUCCCUUUUUUUUAACACUAUGGUUGGUGCCCUUUUUUAAAAGUGUUUGCUUGGUAUUUUUAAACAUUGUGUUUACAAAUAUUAAAUAUUUUUGUAAUUGUCUGGUUUUGACCAUGGACUUACAACUUUUUUUUUUUUAUUUCCCUUUUAUGUUUGUAAAAAAAUAAUUACCUGGUUAGGUUAAUACUUUAAAAUUCAGCUGAAUGUAAACUUUACUUUCUUUAACCAAAAAAAUGUAUAGUAUAGCAGUUACUUGUGUACAUUAAUGUUAAUGUGUCAAUGUUGUUUAGUUAUUGUUUGUAUUUAAAUGGACUAUUACUGUUGGGUGAAGAGAUGGUUUACCCUGCUGCAUAAAAAAAUUUUAAGGUUGAAUAUUUCAUAGUUAAGGAAAUAGAAUGGAAGAAGAAGUUAAAGUUAUGUAUUGAAAUGUUCAGGUUGUAUUUGGGUUUGAGAUAAAACCAUGGGAAAGGUAUUCAUGAUUUUUGUGUGUGUGUAAUACAGCUAUGUCUUCAUUCUAUAUUGAAUUCAUAUUCGACAAAAGUAUUGAUUGUAUCAGCUGUAAAUAUUGUCAUAGUUGAGCUAAUGUUGUGAAGUUCUCUAUAAUUUGAUUUUUAUAAAUAAAGGAAGUCCAUGAAA